GAUAGAAUUGAACAGCAUUUUCGGCGAUUCUCCGAAGCGCUCUUCUUCAAACACAAAUACUCACCGGGGUGAACUGUGUGAGAUCGAGAGAUCGUCCGUGUUGGUUGCGAACUGCCGUUAUUAGUAGCUAAUCAGAGCUCGAUCGUGUCGGUUGUGCUUGGAGCAACCGCAUCAUCGUGUAUCUCCGUUUUUUUUGCAACCCCUGUGGCCUGUGGAGGUGUCUCGAAGGCUUCUAGCCACAGUUUAGCCACGGUGGUCUGCAGAAGUUUUCCUUACCGAGCCGAGUUCACUCGAGGACGUGCAGCAGACGGUGUUGUACCGGAAGCCGGAAGAACUAUGACUAGCUACAAUCGGUCCGUAGCUUGGCUUACGGUCUGCGUACUGCUUGCCCUACACAUCGGCGGUUCUCACCAGCAGCAACAGCAAUGCACGACACCGACGAGGUUACGGGGCCGUUGCAUCUCCAUCUACGAGUGUGACAGCAUACUGGACUACUUCAAGCAGCGCAUCCUCACCUGGGAGGAGCGUGAGUUUCUGCGCAAAUCGCAAUGUACCGGAGCGACCAGCGGACGCCAGCCGUUCGUGUGCUGUCCCGGCAACGGUUCCAAACCGGUCGUAGCACCCGCGACGACUGUUCCUGCUGGGACGGUGUCCACCACACCCGCUGGACCGGCGGCGACUGCACCGAGCGGUGAUGCUGCGCUGGCCGAUCAGCUCGUCGGUGGUUUGCUGCCCAACCCGAAGAAGAACGAGUGCGGCGUUAGCAUCGGCAUGCGGAUCUACGGUGGCCAGAACGCGGACAUCGACGAAUUUCCCUGGCUGGCGCUGUUGCAGUACGAAAACCGCAAGGGCGAGCGAAAGUACAGCUGCGGAGGGUCGCUGAUCAAUCGGCGCUACGUACUGACCGCUGCCCACUGCGUUAUCGGGGAGGUUGAGCGCAAGGAGGGCAAACUCGUCUCGGUACGGCUCGGAGAGUACAACACCAAAACCGAAAUCGACUGCGUGACGGAGGAGCAGGAGGAAAUCUGUGCCGAUCCACCGAUCGAUGCCGGCAUCGAGUCGGUCAUCGUACAUCCGGGAUACCAGGAUAUGGCACACGCAGACGAUAUCGCGCUCUUGCGGCUGGCGCAAUCGAUUGAGUAUACGAGCUUCGUGCAACCGGUUUGUCUGCCACUGACCGACUUCCGGGCGUCGAAAACGGGCGAGGUCAACUUUGUGACCGGGUUCGGGCGUACACUGCAAGAGAGCCGAAGCGCGGUUAAGCAAAAGCUGGGCAUCAAGGUGUACGAUCAUGCCCGGUGCCAGGAGAAGUACGCUACGAAGAAUUCGUCGAUAACGACCAACCAGCUCUGCGCCGGUGGCGAGUACGCGAAGGACUCGUGCCACGGCGAUUCCGGUGGUCCGCUGAUGAAGCUGCAGAAGGUUUGGUACCUCGAGGGCAUCGUCUCGUACGGCAACCGGUGCGGGCUGGAGGACUGGCCGGGGGUGUACACUCACGUGCCCGCGUACAUGGCCUGGGUGAGAAGCAACAUCAAGGAGUAACGGUGGUGCAGCGGGAGGAAGGAGAUCUUUACCAGUGUAAUGACAUCUAGGAACAAAUUCACAACGAAAUUAAUGACAAACUAGAAUUAAUGCUAUAUUCUACGAUACUAGUGUGCGUAGGCAAAGGACAGGGAAAAAUUAAACUGGCACAAACAGCUAAUAGGGCAAGGGCAGUCCCUUCAACAUAUCUGAUCGAUGACGACCAACAGUAAUGUCGGCUAGAACGCUUCGCUCUGUAAUGUGAACUUUACUGAAGCGAAACUGUGUUAACUGUGCAUUUUACUUUCACCGCUUCUAGAGUAGCACUGCAAAACGACUGUAGAGCUGUAGGUCAAUGCUAGAUAGUUUGAACCGAUUAUGUACCUUCACUAUGGCAAAAUGUUUACAGAAAAUAUGACAAUAAAACAAACGAUCGUUUACAACCCUUGCUCGUA